AUGGACAACGAUGAAUUUGACGAACAUGGAGAUCUGCAUGCGUUAGAUGAGCUGGAUAUACAGCUCCCCACGACCGGAUAUGGGCGGACCGCCAUGAGUACAGGCGGCGUCGACGGCAUCCGGCAACCUCAGCGCCCCACCAUCUGCCACACUUCUGUCGUGGACCUGUCAUACUCGCAAGUGCUGGAAACCAAAAGCAAGCACAGGAAUCACAGCAAGAAGCGCCUCAACUACACGCGCCCACUGUCGACGCUGAGCGAGACCACGUCCGACGAUGUACCCAAGGACGACGUUGCGAAGGCAGGACCGCACAAGCGGAACGCGUUUGCGUACAAUUCCGACGACGUGGACGAUCUCGCGGCCGAGCAGCAGGAACAGCGCGCAAAGGAGCACGACGACGACAACGAGUGGUCCCACGGCGACAUCUCCCUCCCUGGUGACGACGUGUAUCGGUUUGUCCAGCCGAGGCGGCUGUCGUCGUGGGUGCAAGACGACGCCGUGUACGCGUGCUUCAAGUGCCACGUCCAGUUUUCACUCAUCGUCCGGAAGCACCACUGCCGCGCAUGCGGUCGGAUCUUCUGCAACGCGUGCUCCAACCAGCGCCUCGUCAUUCCCGUCGACUACGAGAGCACGCCCGUGUCCCAUGCCAUCAAGAACGGAUCGAAUCACACGUACAGCAGCGUGCUCGUCGACACGACGUCGCAUGUGAUCGGCAGCCUCGGGUACUAUGUGUGGAACUAUAACACUGCGACACCGUCGCUCUCGUCGAGCGCAAACGACUUUUCCGAGUUCCACGCGACGUCGUCAUCAUCGUUCGAUGAUCCUACCGAGAUGCAAAAAACACCAGCGGAACUCGAACGAGAAAAGUUUUUGCGCGCCAUGACGUCGCUCGAAUCCCGCGGACUGGUCCGGUUCACCGCCGCCGCCACGUCCGGCCGAGUCAAGAUCAAGCUGCCCCCUCGGAUUCCGCCAGGCACGGUCCUCCAGCGCGUAUGUGACGACUGCGCGUCGGCGCUGCAGCAACGGCGGCAGCAUUACAACACGGUGCAAGUGUUUGAGUUAUGUAAGUGGGACAUCCAGACGCUGCGGGUACUGGGCCAAGUAUGUCGCAAGUGGCACCGGGCGAGCAUCAUGUGUCUGUCGACGUUCCGACAGGUCCAGUACUACCUGCCGUCGCACCCGCUGUCGGCCAAGGAGCGGCACCUUGUCCUCCGCAACCGCCAAUUCCUCGCGGGGCACUCCAAGUGGCUGCUACAGCUCGUGAAAGCAGUCGCGUUUGACAGCGACAACGACGACGACGGCACGACCCAGGACAUCCUGCGCCUCAUGGUCGCGCCCCGUACCCACAACUGCAUGAUGACCAUGUGCAGCCGCCUCUGCCGCCACGAGUUGGCGUGCGUCGACGCGCUGGAGAUCCUCUCAAGCGACUCGAUCCAAAAUGUGACACUGCGCAACCUGUGCGUAGAGGCGUUGGUGCUCAAGGCGUCGGACGACGACUGGCUCAGCUUCCUUCCGGUCGUCCUGCACGCGCUGGGCGCCGAGACCAGCGUGUCGACGUUGAGAAGUGCGAUCGUCCGCCAAGCGACGCGCGACGUCCGGUUCUGCUCGGACCUGUACUGGGGCGCAAGUGUUUUGGCCGAGGACCGGCGGUGGCGGCGCAAGUUCGACGGGUUUCGGCAGCAGUUGCUGCUCACGCUGGCAGCGCACGACAAGCGCAGUGUGUCGUCGUGGACGCAGGACCUGCUGCACGGCCAAGCGUUUCUGGACGUGCUGUGGAACCUCCCGCACCGGGCAGACAAGGACGUCGUGGGGCGCCUCCUCGACACGGCCCUGCGCAGGACGCCCGUGUUUAGCACCCACGAGGAGGGUCUCCGACUGCCCGUGGACCCGCUCGUCAAGGCGCGGGGCGUCGACUUCGCCUCGAUCAAAGUCAUGCGAAGUGCCGAAGCGCCCAUCAUCCUCACGUGCACAGGCAUCGAACGACCAGGCACAUGCUUGGCCGACGACGAGAAGCCGCCGCCGCCGACAUCAUCGUCCGUGUACCGCGUCAUGUACAAGCGCGACGAUCUGCGCAAGGACGCGUGUGUCCAGAACAUCAUCCACAUCAUGUACUCGAUCCUCAAGGCCGAAACCAGACAGUUCAACAUUGCCCUGGUCACGUACCGCGUGAUUCCAACGUCGAGCUACGACGGGUUGAUCCAAAUAGUCGAGAAUGCGCACACGUUGUACUCGAUUGUUCGAGAGCACGGCACGAUCAUGCGCUUUCUGCACCACUACAAUGGCCAUCGGACGCUGAGCGACAUUUCGUCGUCGUUUCGCGAGUCGCUGGCCGCGUACACGGUGAUCACGUUCCUGCUUGGCGUGGGCGAUCGGCAUGCGGAGAACGUGAUGCUGACACAGGAAGGCAACUUGUUUCACAUUGACUAUGGGUUUAUCCUGGGGAAGGACCCGAAGCCGCUGCAGCCGCCCAUGCGCCUCGACAACUACAUGCUUGAAGCGCUAGGGGGACCGAUGCAAGUGGAAGCGUUCAAGGCGCUGUGUGUCGUGGCGUUCAAUUGCUUGCGGCGGCAUGUGUCGCUGUUCCUGAUCAUGCUACGACUUGUCGUGGACGCGGUCCCUGAAGUGACCGACUUUGGAGUGAACUACACGCAAGCAGACUUGGACGCGUUCGUGGUGGAACGGUUCUUGCCAGGCCAGACGGACGAAGAAGCCGCGACGGCCAUCAUGCUUCGCAUGGAGGGUAAACUGAACGAGAAGAUUGGCCUGACGCUCAGCGAUUUUGUCCACGCGCAUGCCAGCGAGAAGACCGUGAGCAAAGGAGUGAGUUCCAUGAAGGUCGGCGUCGAAAGCAUCGGCGGGGCCGUGCAGACUGUCACGAGCUCGCUGUCGUCGAGCGCAAGUUCGCUGCUCAAUGGACCGCACAAUUCCAUUGAACAGCACAACAACGGUGGCAUGGCGGCACUUCCCGUGGACACAUCCCAGACUGACGCGCUGAACCUGCAAGUCCUCCAGCGUCAAGACAACCAGAUCAGCGACAUCGUUGGCACCGCCAGCCAUGUCGUCGUGUACGAGUUUGACCAGACGGAGCAGUCGUGGAAGCGAAAAGAAGUGGAAGGCAGUUUGUUCAUCGUGAAGCGGUACUCGGCACCGAGGUUUCAAAUGUUUGUCAACAACCGCCUGAGCACGUCCAACUUGACCAUUUCGAUCGAUGCACAAUUGAACGUCGACAACGUCGACGAUUUCCUCAUCCUUCGAUGCGUCGAUCCGGUAUGUUGUGACGACGUGUUGUGACGAACAAUUGCGAGUGCUGCCUUGGAAUCGUGCAUGAUCGUAGUUGGACACUGUUGUGUGUAGGCGGCCCCAUCGACGUUCAAAAUUUAUGGUAUUUGGUUCUUCCCUGAAGAAGAUCGACAAAAGACCCUGAAACUGUUGGAGCGGUACACACCCCAUCCAAGUUCCCAUCCAUCAUCCCGUGUCCAUUCGUUCGUUAGGGUGCUGGUCACGUUGAAGGGCACGCCUCCUCCCGCGGCAGCCAAACCGUCUCCGAAGAACGCGGCAGCCGUGCACCAAAAGGGUGCCUCUCGUCAACCGGCGCACGAAGUACAAUCGGAAUCGAAACCCCUGGCUGCCUCGUCGUCGUCCCAGGGGCCGGUGGAAUCGCCUAAGAAUGGCGCGUCCAGCACGGUCGUCUAUAGCAAGGCGGAAGGAAUCGCCGCAGGCGUGGCUAUUAUGGGCAUGAUCUCGCAGCAGCCAUCUCAAGGCGCGCCGUUGGCCGAGGCCACGACCGUCCAGUUGCAAGUGGCUUCGGGGCAGCCGCAGCCUCAGACGCGACAGAAGAAGCAGCGCGACCGCGCGUCCCCGCGUACUGCCAAGCCACCCCUCACGAAGGACCAAUUCAAGGAAGCAUUCGUGCAAUGUCUCGACGACCCCGCGUUCCUCGAUCAAAUCUACCAAGCGUUCGCCAAGAAGUUGCCCAAGCAGCAGCAGCAAUAAAGCACUUUAGCUGAUACGCACACAAUGAAACUACCAAAACGAUGUUGUUCUUGUCAACUACACCUGGA